AUGGCUGAUAGUCCGAGUAAGGGGCAGCAUCUGCAGGUGCUGGCGCGUGGCCCCCAGAAGCACAUCAGCGACCUGCACCGCUUCGCCCUGCUUCUCGUCGGCUCCUUCGGCACUAUCUGCGGCUCCUUCGGCUACGCCUUCACCCUGGUUCUGCCAAGGAUGCAGGAGCGCUACAACCUCUCGCAGCGCGACUUGGCCUCCGUGACGACUGUCGGCCUCGUGUUCGGAUUCUUCAUGCUCCCCUUUGGCACUCUGUACGACUACCUUGGACCGCUGCCGGUAGCGAUCUUGUCCAUGAUUUCCUACCCGCUCGGUGCCAUCCUGACGGCGCUGUGCUUUGAGGGCGUGAUAGAGGGCAACACACUGCGGCUUUGCGUCUUCAAUUCUUUCCAGAGCGUGGGCAUGUCCUUGACCGACAUUGUGUGCUGCAUGACGGUGCUGUCGUACUUCCCGUCGAACCGUGGCUCCGUGAUUGCGCUGCUCAAGACGUUCCCCGGCCUGGGCUCUGCAAUCGUCGGCUCCUUCUUCGCCGGAUUCUUUAACGAGCAGGUCUCGCAGUACUUGUACUUCCUGGCUGUCUUCGCCUUUCUCACGAACACAACCUGCGCCCUCGUGAUGCGGCUGCCCCCCUACCACCUGACCGGGUACCAGGAAAGCCAUCUGAGCGAGGAGGAGAAGGAGCGCCGCCUGGCGACGAAGACACAGUACCUGAAGCAGAUGCCGCCGAUGCGGCGCUUCAUCUUCGGCCUUGUCAUACUCGUCAUCUUCAUCAUCUACCUGCCGACGACGUCCGCGCUCGUGGCGUACUUAAAUUUGGGCAGGCCUCACAAGCUUGGGUUCGCGAUUGGAACGACUGUGCUGACGGUGCUGUACAUGCUGAUCGCCGUUCCGCUGCCCGCAUGCCUGACGCGGCAGUUCGCGCGCCGUAAGAGUGAGAACGUGAGCAACGACGACAUGAGGUACGACCGCCGGACGAACGGUCACCGCUCGUUGGACAAGGAGCCGUUCCGCGCUGAUGCGGACGUUUUCGCAGAGAAGAGUACCGUGGCUAUGCUCGAGGAGCCCGUCGAGAGCGAUGGGCAGCAGGCAGUUUGUGUGCCCGUGGAGACGGAUGUGGACUACGUUGCACCACAGUACCAGGGCACGUUCCUGCAGAACCUGUGCACGCUGGAGUUGUGGGCUCUGUGGUGGACUAUGCUUACCGUGGUCGGCGCUGAGUUCGUGAUUAUCUACAACGCGACGUUCAUCUUGGGUGCGCUGCAGGGCAGCAUGCCGGCGCCAUCUCUCACUGCUCUGCUGACGGUACUCAAUGGCGUGGGCAGCGCUGUGGGCCGGCUGCUGAUGUCCUACUUCGAGGUCUGGUCGCAGAAGCGCAAGGCUGAGGACCGCGUGCCGAUCACGAUUGCGCUGUUCUUCCCGACUUCCACCAUCAUCAUUAGCAUCGUGCUAUUCCUUUCGCUGCCUGCUGCUGCGCUCCCGCUGCCGUACGUGAUUGCCGCGCUCGGUAACGGCUUCUGCGCCGCCUCCCAGAUUCUGGUGUCCCGCACGAUCUUCGCGAAGGACCCCGCGAAGCAUUACCACUUCUGCUUCAGUGCGACGAUGGCUGCUAGCGUCGUGCUGAACCGUUUCCUGUACGGCGAGUGGUACACGGUGCAGGCGGAAAAGCAGGGCAGCAAGCGCUGCUUCGGCAGGCACUGCGUAAUGAUGCCGCUGUUAGUGAUGCUCGGGCUCGCGACCAGCGCCUUCAUCACGGACGUGAUAGUGCACUUCCGCUACCGCUCAUUCAGCCGGCGUGUCCUGAUGGAGCGGGCGCGUCUGCGCGGCGAGGUUGCCGACACCGAGAAGGAGAGGCCCGCGGGGGCUGAGGUGGUGGCGGAUGAUCUGGAUGUGAUCCGUGGUUCCAAGAACCGUCCCCGCGGCGUGUAG